AUAAACACGGACAAAGAGAAAAAAUAAAAAAAUAAAAUAAAAACUCACUCACUUCAUCUCUUAAAUAACAGCCGUACGAUCAUUUAUUCAUCUCGUUCGGAGAAAGUUCUGCGCCCCCGUCGUGCUUUCUAGGGUUUCGACUUUCACAUUCUUUCAGCUUCUUUAGCUUCAAUUGCAGUACAGAUCUUCGCUUUUUUACGGUUAUUGUUCGUUAUUGGUUAGUUAUGGCUGAUGAUUAUCGUGUUAUGUGUUUCAAUUUCGUUGAAUAAAGCUUCUUUGCGGAUUUAAGUCGGUUUUCACGGACGAAUUUGGCCGAUUAUCGUUAUAAAGAAGAUUUCUACGGGAGCCGCAGGAAAUAUCUGGGCUAGGGUUUGAGAGACAGCGUUUUGAUUGGGGUGUAGUGUGUUGGUAGUGUGAUAUGUCAAAGAAGAAUAUGUUUCCUGAUGCGUAUUCUGGUGGAUUUCCUCCGAAUGAUGAAUCGGAAGGAUCUGGUUGCUCGGGACGUGAUGAUGUGUAUGCGUCUGGUUUUGAGGACUCAAGUGUUCAUACGAAGAAAUGGAUUAAGUUGAGUGCUGCAUUGCAUGAUGGUUUUGGUGUGCCUGUACAUGUUGUGCCUUUGUCGAAGCUGGCACCUGCAGAAAAAAAGAAGUGGCUAAUGCGUUUGAGAGGGGAGCUUGAUCAACUUAGGACAUUUCAGAAGAGAGUUGAUGUGGAUAAGCCUCAUGUUGUUACAAUGUCAUCUUCUAAUGAUGUUUUUAUCUCUGAGAAUGUCCAAGCGCCCCGCCAACCAAACAUGAAGAAGUCUUCUGGAUCUGGGAAAAGAUUUGAUCAGCAAGGUCAAAAGUCAAAGGGUCUUAAUCGAGGUGUUAUGGGAAGGUUUCAAUCCGUCAAUCCAGCAGGGGCUUUCAGUCCAAUAUUAAAGAAACAAUGUGAGAGCUUGUUGAAGAAGUUGAUGACUCACCAACAUGGUUGGGUGUUCAACAAACCUGUCGAUGUUGUUGCUUUGAAAAUACCGGAUUACUUCAAUGUUAUCAAGAAUCCCAUGGAUUUAGGGACCAUAAAAGAAAAACUUAGUUCAGGCAAAUAUUCCAGUCCACUCGAAUUUCUUGCUGAUGUCAGACUUACAUUCUCCAACGCUAUGACGUAUAAUCCUCCUGGCAACGAUGUCCAUAUCAUGGCAGAUGUUCUUAGUAAAUUCUUUGAGCUAAGAUGGAAGCCGAUUGAAAAGAAACUCCCUGUGAACAGUUCUCAACAACAAUUGCUUCAUGAAGAGAUUGAUUUAGUUAAGCCAGUUCCUCCUUCAAAGAAACGAAAAAUUACGUCAAUACAACAAGAACAGCUACCAGAUCCAGUUAAGCUGGUUAUGACCAAUGAAGAAAAGCAAAUUCUAAGUAGGGAAUUGCUAGCUCAUUUGGGAGAUAUGCCAGAUAAUAUCAUUGAAUUUUUGAGGCAACACAGCUCAAAUGGGAAUGAAGCUGGUGAGGAUGAAAUAGAAAUUGAUAUUGAUGAUCUUGACAAUGAAACCUUAUUCAAACUACGCAAGAUGUUAGAUGAUCAUGUGCGAGAGCUACAAAACAAUGCAAAAGCAGAACCUUGUGUCAUUGAGCUGCUUCAUGAAUCAGGGCUUAGCAACUCAACUAUGCAACUAUAUAGAGGGAAUGAUCCUGUGGAUGAGGAUGCAGAUGUUGGUGGGAAUGAGCCCCCUGUUUCAAGCUAUACGCCAGCUGGACAAGAAAAUGGAACAAGCAAGAAAAGUGACAUAGGGACGAUAUCAAGAACCUCAAGUGAUAUUAAUUCUAGAAAUGCUUCUGAAAAUGGACAAACUGGUGGGGCUAAAACUUCUAGCCUAUCAAAGCUUUCACAGAACGAUAUUGCUAGAGCUGACUUAGAGGACAAAGCAGUCACAAGUGACUUAAUUGAUAAUCAGUCAGUUAGUGGGUUGGACCAAGUGGAACAUAUGUCUCAGCAGAAACCGAACUCUGUUGAAUCUGAUAGCCAGAAAGAUGACGGAGAUAGUGCUCCAAAUUCUGGUCAGUUUUCGCCGGGGAAGUCGUACCGGGCUGCUGUUUUAAAAAACCGAUUUGCUGAUACGAUAUUUAAAGCUCGAGAAAAGACACUCAAUGAGGGGGAUCCUGAGAAGCUGCGUCGAGAGAAAGAGGAGCUAGAAAACCAGAAACGGAAAGAAAAAGCUCGGUUGCAAGCAGCAGCAGAGGCUGCCGAAAACGCAAGAAGGCGAGCAGAAGCAGAAGCUGCGUUAGAGGCAAAGCGAAAGAGAGACCUCGAGAGGGAAGCAGCUCGUCAGGCGUUAUUGAAGAUUGAAAAAACAGUUGAAAUUGACGAGACUUCACGGUUUAUUGAGGACUUGGAAAUGCUGAGGACCGAGCAAUUGCCAAUUUCAGCUGACGAAACGAGCCCUGAUCAUGGGUCACUGGAUGCGUUAGGCAGUUUUAACUUUGGGUCCAGCAAUCCUUUGGAACAACUCGGUCUGUACAUGAAACAGGAUGAUGAACACGAAGAAGAAGACGAUGAUGGUGAGCUCGAACCACCAGCCGUUGUUCCAGGUCAUCAGGUAAAUAUGGACGUGGAAGAAGGCGAAAUCGAUUGAGUGUUUUAGAAUAAUUAGUAUCAUCUUUUAUGUAUAGAAUGAUUUCUGGCUAUUAAGCCUUGUCAGGAACUGAAAAAAAUCAAAAAAAAAGAAAAAAGAAAAAAGAAAAAAAAAAGAAUUUAUAGAAUGGUGUUACUAAACAUUCAUUUUCAUGUGGUUUUGAUUUCUCUGCAUAUGUGAAUGAUCGUUUAUUAGUUGAUUCUAUAUUUGAUUGUUGUAAACUUUAACAGCUAAACCUUUUUUUCCCUUGGUG